AGCGAUCCCACCCCGCCCAAGAGCUGCGUGAUGGAAGGUUAAUAAACAGCUCCUGUUUCGAGCGUAAAGAACGUUUUUUAAAACUCGAAAACUACAAUUGUGUUACUGCCGUUAUUUCUCCCUGGUGAUCGACAAUACUGUAAGAUUCAGCCUCUUUGACUCUCUGACAGCGCCUGAAAGUUUGCGUAAUAAACAGGCCAGAAUCAUGAAGUUGUGGGAAAGACCAUUUCGUUGACACGAGAUUCGGACAGAAGGGUGAAGGAAAGACCGUGCUGUCCCUCUAGGACAGAAAGCCCGCUCGGCAGCUCCAGACGGCGGAAUUCAGAUGCUGCUCACGGCUGCCUCUAGCCCUCGGCGUUAAUGGCAUAAAAAGCGCCCGGCAGGGGCGGGGACGGACGUCCGGCAGCACUCAGGCUCGGGCCAGCCCCGUUGUUGUCCACCCCCUUUUUCUCCCGGCUGAUGGGCCGGGCCGGGAGGGGGCGGGGCCGACAGGUGCCUUCAUGAAUAACUUAAAUGACCCUCCCAACUGGAACAUCCUGCCCAAUCGGCGCGAUCCCGGCGGUGACGGCAGCCGCUGGAACUACGCCCUGCUGGUGCCCAUGCUGGGCCUGGCCGCCUUCCGUUGGAUCUGGACCAGAGAAUGUCAGAAAGAAAUAGAAAAAGAGAAAGAAGAGUACUACAGGAAAGAGUCAGCUUUACAGCAAGACCUGGAAGGCAAAUACCGGGAUAUAAUCACGGAGAACCGCCGCGCUGUGGCUCACCUGGAGGUGGAGCUGGAGAAGGAACGCAACAGGACCCGGAGCUACCGGGAAGCGCUCGUGUCCCAGAGCCGCAAACUGGUGGAAGAGAGGAGGCUCCUAGAGCAGGAGCAGGAGAAGUUGGAGAGAGAGAAACAAGUCUUUUUGCACUCUGGAGCAGAAGGUUCCUUGUACCAGAGUUGCCUGGCAAAGGAAGAAGAGUGGCAGCAGAGAGCCAAUAUUUUACUGAAAGAAUUUGAAGAGGGACUGAAGGAAAGACAGGACAUCUACUGUAGUCUUGUAGUACCCAGAAGUCAGAGACUAGAAAUAGAGAAAAAUCUGCUAGUUAAAGCAGCAACUAAUCCUGUUGCUGUGUCUUUACAUGUGGAGAGUGGCUUACAAGAUAUUUUCAAACAUGAUAACUACUGUGGCAAUGUGCUGAACAGAACCAGAAGUCAAAAUGGAAAGCUUAUGUGGCUGUAUCUGAGAUACUGGGAACUAGCUGUUGAGCUGCAGAAAUACAAGAGGGUGGAAAAAGCCAUGCUAGGAAAACGCUAAGUAGGGGAAGCAGAGGGAUUCCAUGUGAUCCCCAUGCAUGGUAGGGACAAUCACAGUUGUAGUCCGAAGCUGUUAAACUCUUCUGCUGUGUUGCCGUCUCUCCUCCUUGCACUUGUGUUUGCAUGGGAUGUGUGCUGUGCUGGUGCCUUUCCUCUCACUAACAGCAGCUGCUCUGGUGAGCUGUGCAUGCUCCUGAACUCCCUGAGAGUGUGUGUGUUGCAGUACAGAGAUAUGCCAACUCCCCAGGUGUCAGAAGCAGCAAAACAGAACUCAGAUUAGAGGGAUUUGCCUCGUUGAUGGUCACACUCAAGCAACAGAGAAUGGUCAUUUGUCUCCCCCAGGUGUGGUAGCGUGUUGUGCUCCUUAUCUCUGACAUUUUACAUGGUGUCUCAACACUGUCUUUUUUAUUACUAUUAUUUUCUAAAAAUGUGUUUAAGCAAGACUGAUUUUGAGGCAGGUGUUUGGGACAGAUGGUGCUGGAGCCAGCUGCUUGACAUGUAAAUCUUUCAUGUCUGUGGGUUCAAAUAUAUAAAUAUAUAUAUAUAAAUAUAUACAUAUAUAUAUACACAUAUAUGUGUGUGAAUGUAUGUGAGUGUGUAAGUGUAUGUGGAAGUUUUCUGAGGGUGGAAUAGAUUGAUCAUGUUUCAGACUAGUCAGUCUUGCAUUGUCUUCCAGCUUCAUAUACAAAUAGUGCUUUAUGAAUGAAACAUCCAAAAGAUGCUAGUUCAAAUAACACAUAAAGAAACAGAUUGAUGUCUCAUUGGCACUUGGGAUUCAUUAUCAAAUUCUAGGGAAUGUAUAAACUG